GAUUAUUAUCAAUGCUUAGACAAUAGGAGGCUAUACAAACUACAACAUCAUCUAUUAUUUUCUACCGGUCAGCAAGGUCAUACGGGCGGUUGACUUGAAGUGAAGACGUCGAGAAACCCUCUGCAGUAAUCAUUAUUUUGUUGCUAACUAACCUUAUCAGUUAAACUCAGUACUGCUUUGUCUUCUCAGCUUUUUUGACGAUGUUUCGUCAACUACUUCCAUUCCUCAUUUUAUUGAUUUGGAGAAGUGAAGCUCGACCUCAGGAUGGAGGUGAACCAAUUCCAAUUUCAAAAGACACAUCACCUGGAAGACCAGUUUAUAAUCAUUCUCCAAGUGAAUUCGCACGGGGACAAGUAGAACAGACAACCCAAAAACCUAGAAGAAGGCAUAGACAUCGGCGUCCAAGUUACGAUGAUGCUUACGAGAGACAGAUGGAACAAUGGAGACAACAGAGAAAAGAAGCGAAUAAGGCUCGACAGGCUGCUUCAGACCAAUAUUAUCAGGAUUAUUUCGAUCGAAUGAAGCAGUAUGCAAUUAAUACACAUGUUAGUCGUUAUAACCAACUUCUUGCUCAACAAGAAAAGGAAAAACAACGAUUUGCACAAAAUAUGGAAGAAUUUGGAUUGAGGAGCUCUGCUCUUGGAGUUGAUCGAGCUGAUAUUGAUAACAGUGAAGUAUCUCAGAGACCAAGUUCACCAUUUGGAGGUAUAACUGAUAAGUCACAGAUUGAUCAGAAGGCAAAGGCAGCUGAUGUUCGAGGAAUGAUUGUGAAUAGACCACCAUCAGCAAUUGAACCACGUCCAGAAGAUGCAGAUGUACACAGAAAAGCUUUACACUUGGAAGCACUGUGCAAUCGAUUUUUACCAACUGUCAGGAAGCAUUGUUUCGGUGGGAAUAAGACAGAGGAAAAGUAUGGAAGCAAAUGUAAGGGAUACUUCCAUGAUUGUCAACGAUUCCUUCCAAAGUCAGAUCCACUUUAUAAUAUUGCAUAUGCAUUUGAUUCAAAUGUAGGUCUCAACUUGGGAACAUGGAGUGUGAAAGGAAUUCCGUACUAUCCAAUUAACGAAGAAGGAGCAAUUGGAGCAGGAAGGCUCAUGAAUGUUCCAUUUGGUUCAUGGGGAGGAGGUUAUUCCGAUCAUAUUGGUGUAAGAGACUAUUGGUCACAAUAUCAAGAAAUCGGAGCAAAUUGGUAUGAAGGAAAAUAUGGAUAUAAGUCUGGAUGGAGUGUUCCACUUGUACAAUCACUUGGUAUUGAAGGAGACACACAUGCUGUUGUGAGUGUUCCCCUUAAACCUGGAGAGGCUGGAAAACCAAUUGGCGUAGAUGUUGGAGGUGGAGUUGGACCUUAUUAUCAACAGAAUCAACACGUUGGAGUUGAUUAUCUAAAUGGUCAAGUUGGUACAAACUUUGGAGUUGGUGUUCCGAUGGCUGGUGUUGGGGUGAAUACAGGUGUUGGUGUAACAUUCCCAGGAGUCAAUGAUAUUGUUGGGAAGAAGAAAAGGAAAUAAUAAUCUUCAAGAGAAUUUGUGGAAAAAGAAAAAAACGGUUUAUUCACAUAUGAUAUUCAGGAAACAAAAUACGAUAAAACUAAUACGAUCUACUUAAUCUUACCAGUGAAUAAAUAAUUCUUUAAAUUUU